CACGGUUCUUUUUUGUCCGUCCAGACACAUUCAUCGGAUCCGUCUAGGGUUUCCUCCGCCGCGAGCAACGAGGCGGGUGGGUUGCAGAGCCCGAGCAAGGGAAAACCAUGCCGGACUUGGCCAACAACAGCAAUCCCUCCCUCUCCUCGCCUCUCGCCGUCGCUCACCCCGGCGGCGGCGGCGGCGGCGGCGCCGCGGGGGCUGGCCUCAAAUCGGCCCCGAGGACCCUAGCCGGGGUCGUCCCCGACCGCGAGCCGGCGCGGGAGAGGAACCCGCAUCCGCAGAACGGAGGCGCCGCGGCGAGGAGGCACGCGGCGAGGACGCUGGGGGAUUACGUCGGGGACUGGGCCGCGCGGAAGGCGGGGUCGGGCGAGGCGCGGUCCCGGUGCUUCCUCCCGUUCCUCGUCGGCGCCAAGAGAAUGGCAAAAUGCGUCAUUUGCCAUCGUUUUGUAUUCCCCGAUGAGGAGUUGCAUUGUGUAGUUCGCGGUUGUAAUGUGACCUAUCACUCGUCAUGUGCAAAGGAAAGGCUUGGGGUAUCCAAUUUGAAGAAUUUCAAGUGUCCUCAACAUGCAUGCUUCAUCUGCAAACAGAGACCACCACACUGGCGAUGUGUGCUGUGCACAAUAGCCUCACAUUAUAAGUGUGCAGCAUGGCCAGAAAAGGUGAUGCAUUUGAAGAAUCCACCCGGGCGAGCUGUCUGUUGGAGGCAUCUGACUAAUUCACGGAUUACAUAUUUGUUGAAUGAGCAGCAUGCUGUUUCGACAUCAGACAUAGAGGAAAUUUUCAGUCGCUUACCAACACCUUAUGAUGAAGAGGAGUUUAAGUUUGACAUAACAAUGAAAGACAUGAUCGAAAAUAAGAUGGAGCCACCUCCAUACGGGCAUAUCAGGCGAAAUAUAUAUCUAAUCAGGAAGAAGCGUGAUGAUGUUGGUGAUGGUAUUGGAUGCUCAAGUUGCAGUUCCAUGUGCUCUGAUAAUUGUGUGUGCAGAGUCCAAUGCAUAAGCUGCUCAAAGGCUUGUCGUUGCCCAGAAAAUUGCAAUAACAGGCCAUUUCGAAAGGACAAGAAGAUAAAGAUUGUUAAGACAGAAUUAUGUGGUUGGGGUGUAGAGGCAGCUGAAUCCAUAAAUAAAGGGGAAUUUAUCGUUGAAUAUAUCGGAGAAGUUAUCGAUGAUGCUUUAUGUGAAAAAAGGCUUUGGGAUAUGAAAUUCAGAGGCAUGAAGAAUUUCUACAUGUGUGAGGUACGGAAGGACUUCACAAUUGAUGCAACAUUCAAGGGAAAUGCAUCUCGCUUUCUUAACCACAGCUGCGAUCCUAACUGUUUCCUGGAAAAGUGGCAAGUUGAGGGGGAAACAAGGGUGGGUGUUUUUGCGGCUCGGUCAAUAAAAGUUGGUGAGCCGCUAACAUAUGAUUACAGAUUUGUACAAUUUGGUCCCGAGGUGGAGUGCUGCUGCGGAUCCCAAAACUGUCAAGGAUAUCUGGGAACCAAAAAGAAGAUUGCCAAGUUAGAGGUGUGCUGGGGUUCAAAACGCAGAAGAACAGCGGCUGCUUGUGUAGCCAUUUUGACUUUGUGAUGUGCCGCAGGCCUUUGUUUGCCAGAAUCAUCGAUGUUGUACAUUCUUUACCAUGAGCAGAAAUAAAUAACGAGCAUGACAAGCCAAAGAGACUCUCAGUCACAGUCACCAAGACGAAGCUUUCCUUUCAGAGAAUAUGAGCCCAUCCUGCAGUUCUUGGAUGGAUUUGCGUGAGUACCGGCCAUCCGAAUCAUGUAUGAGAGAUUAGUUGUUUUUUUCAGUUUAGUUUGCACUUCCCUUGUAUUCUUGUAAGUUCCUAUAGUCUGAAUUUUUGACUGGACCUCCAGCUAACUGUAAUUUGACUUUGAUCUGAUGAUGAGUGGUGAUAUUAUGAUUUGUUCAAAUUCAGGCAUUUGAUUUUAGUAACGAUCAAGUGAUCGUGUGAUUCUGUA